UUCUGAAGUGUCUUUACAUUCUGCCAUCUAGUUUGUCUUUCUAGGUUAGAAACCUUGACUCACUUAUCUCGUUUUAGCACUGUUUUGAUACGAAGUCAUCGCAAAGACCUCCACUAGAUUCUCUGGGGUCUCACCGUUCCAGGCGAGAGGAAGAAGGAAAUCUCAGGUUACCAUCACGAGAUGGCAAAUCGACCGCCUGGCUUUGAGCAGGCCGCCGAAGAUGUCGUGUGCUAUAAUUGCGGUACAAAAGGGCACAUAUUUUUCGCUUGCCCAGAGGACACUAGGCCUGUACCUGCUGGUCUAGAAGCCUCACGGAAGCGGCAAGCUUCAGGUAAUGAUUAUCAUGCACCAACAAAGCGCAGCAAGCGGCCUGUUGUCACUCAUUACCCUCCUCCUCCUCCUCCAAAUUUACCACAUAUACCCCCUCCGCCAAUAUCAUAUAGCCCUCGUCCAGGUUAUGAAGCAGUUCAUUCCAGUCCACUACCGGGUCCUCCCACUAGUCAGCCAUAUUAUCAAUCCCCUCCUCUAGGGCACUACGAUCAGUACGUACCUCCUGGUUCGGGGCGGAGUACAUCCCGGGGGGCUCCUCGAAGCAAUUCUCGAGACGUACUAGAGCAAAACUUUCAGGGACCUCCUCGAGCACCACCGCCUGAGACGUCAUAUCGGCCGCCUCACUUCGAUCGGUAUGACCAGCACCGCCCUGAGGCUCUUCCUUAUAGUCGUCCUUAUUCAGCUCCUCCUGACCGAUACGAUGAGCAAUAUCCUAGGCCAUCUUCGGGACUUCCUUAUGGCGCUGUUCAUCACCCUCCCCAUCCAGCGCACUUCGAGCAUUAUCCACCUGCCCCUGGUGUGGAGAGUUAUUUCUCCGGCCCCCAGCAGCCAUAUCCCCCGCCCCCUCCAAAUGUCCUCAGGAAUCCACCGCAGCAUGGAUAUGAUGGUAUUUCUCAAGUUCAUCCAUAUAUCCCUGGUCAUGAACCACCGCCUGAAGGAAAUCACUCCUAUCAGUCUCACCAGUAUCCACCCACAGAUAUGUCCCGCUACCAUACCCGCUACGACGAUCACUUUACCGACCAUCCCUCGUACGAGCGACAGAGACGAGAUCACCGCACACAACACCGUGAGCGUCGUUCUGGUGACAAUCGGCAUAAUCGUGAACGCUAUGGUCGCCGUAGGCGUGGGGACUCACCUAAGGGCCGCAGCCGCUCCGAGCGUCGGUUUCCAGAUCAGCCGGCUAGACUUGCCAGUCCGUCAGGUUUCGUUCCACCAGCCAAGUCAGCGACAAAUUCAACUUCCCUGGAAGAUAGCAAGCCUGAAAAAGAAUUUAACGAAACUGUGCCUGUAGAUAUCAAGAACCUGGAGAACCACAGUAUAGACGAUUUCAGUUGGGCGGAAGAAGCAAUUUUCAAGGAACCGCCCGUCAAAAUCACGAAAGAUCUCAUCAAAGAACCUUUGCCGGCUGAAUGGACAGACGAACCUAUAAUGCCUCCGAAAUACGACAAAGAGACAAUAACCUCAAAAUAUAUCAAUUCUACGAAUGUGGAUGACUUUGCGUUAAGCGUCCGCGAAACCAAGGAAUGGCAAAUAGCGCAAUUUCACCCAGCCUUCUUAGCCCCUACAGAUGUCCGAAUCGACAAGUUGUGGGAUUAUGAAAGAGCCUUCAACUCAAGCUCGGUGUACAACAAGCAAAAUCGACAUGGGAUAAGCAGCGGAGCUAGCGGCAAACAACGUGAGAAAUCGUCCAUUCCGAGAACUCGAAGAGGCCGCCAAGCCCGAUAUCCCCAGCAAUCUGGCCAGAACUCUUCGCAGGGUGAAGAUCAGCGUAGCUACCAACAAAUGGGCCCGACAAACAGCGGAUGGGACAAGGCAAAUUACCGAGAUGUCAAAGAAGAGAUUGCAUCUCUUCCGAAGAAGCCAAGGAUAUAUUCUCCCGAACCAGGCGAAGUAUGUGAGAGCGAUGAUGAAGAACCCACGACUACAAACAAGACUGCCACUCCUUCCUGGGAAGAAGACUACCAUCACAAGCAGCGCAAUUUUCGGCAUUCUGGCUUGGCCUCAUUACACGAUUAUCAAAUUGGUGCUCAAGAGGUGGUGUCUAAAGGCGACACACGUCGGUCAUCUACACCAGAUGCUGUAACCUCAGCACACCAGGCUGGCUAUAUAUCCGACUCUCCAUCACGUGCGCCCAGCACACGAAGCUCCCAUCAUGAUGAUUUCAGCAGACCUCCUAGUAGACAUAGUUCUAGGAGUAAUCCUAGUCAACCCUCCAGCAGGCGUAGCUCGACGGGUUCUCCAUUAACGCCAACUGAACGGGAACUACUUGGCAUGCAGCCUUAUUCUAGCGAUAGUGACUCAGGUCAAGAAUCAUCGAUACGUCAAACCGGUGCUGUAAAACGUCAGCGACAACAACCGGCUAAGCUACACGCAGCAUAUCAGCGCCGUUGGUGAUGUUUUCUCUAACGUUACAAAAUGCCUAUCACGACGAGCGCUGCCUUCCAAGGGGCUAUUACGCAAGCCAUUUAGUCAAGUUGC